AUGUCUCAUCGGUUGCUGAAGCGACUCAGCCUGUGUCACCUGGUGAUGCAGGCGCUGGUCAUGAAGACACUCAUGUCUUCACAGAGUAUGAGCUCGGUGUCUCAUAAUCUCCUGAUACGGAAAGACGGAUCCGUAUCAACGGCGAUUGAAUCCAAGCCGCCUGCCAAUCGUGGCAUGGACGAUGCUAUGCGUCGCAGCAUCUUUGGUUCAUCUGAUGAAUCAGAUGAACCAUCGCCGAAACGAAGGCGCUCGAAGUCACAAGACUCGGGCGCUCACAGUGGUGUCGGUUCUCCUAUUGACACCACUUCGCAACGAGGUGCCAGUACUUCUGUCGGCACGUCGCAAGAAGAGCGGGACCGCAGUGUUUUGCGUCUCGCUCCUGAGAAGAGGCAUGGAUGCCUCCCAAAUCCGUCAUGGAUCACUUGUCGGCGACGACGAGUGAUCGUUAUCGAACACGGUUGUUCGAUUCGUCAAGGAUCCAUCACCUUGACCCCAGUGCAAAAAACUAUCACACUGAACAUGAGUUCUUCAUCGAUGCUUUCUUUAAACAUCGAUGGUCGUGACGUUUGGAACGACAAACUUAUCAAAGCUCGUGAUAAGUUUGAAAAGCGAACCCCGACAGGUGCACGCUACAAGCUGCAUCGUAUGCCUAGUGAACUGUACGAAGGGAUUAACAACCUGAAAUCCCUUAACGACCGUGCCGGGAAGACUUUCUCCAGCGGUCCUUCUGCGGCACAGGAUGUGCCGCAUCGUACUUCUCGACCAGACCCAGUACGUCAGCCAUCAGUUGGGAGCGGGGCUCCCAAGUAUCCCAGGACGGGGGGUAGCCGCGCCACCGGACAAGAUAACUCGUCCGACGUCCGUUCACGUCGCAGUGGUUCAACAGCUGCUCAACCAGAUAGCGCUGGCCACUGUGAGAGUACUCUAAGGGAGGUGGAGGAGGAGGGAAGACGCUCUCCACACAAUCGUGGGGAAGCGUGUGUUCCCGAGAGCUUCUUUGAUCGCGUAACGCAAGGGUUACGCGGCGAUCUCGAACACGAGCGGGACAGGCGUCACCAACUGGCGGACACUGUCUCGAGGCAUCGAGCUGAGCUUGCCUUUGCUCAGCUCGAGAACGAGGGAGCUCUGACAUCUCUGCGUGACGAGCUAAGGGUAGCUCGUGGGGAUGUUGAGCGGUCUCGGGAUGAGAUAACUGCUCUUCAGACCCUUGUCGAUGCCCACCAUCGGGAGCACAAGGCUCUCUGUGAGAUGCUUGAGCGCAAGGGUAUUCUUCAUCGGAAGAAGCAGCGUACUGAUGGUACGGCUUAA